AUGAAGCAUCAGCACCGCGACCAAUACGACGACGAACCACAUGACGCCGGUGACACUCGCACUCACACCUACGACGACGACGUACACGACGACGAGCGCCUGAAAUCAGAAGCCGAUGAGGAUCACGACGAUGGAGCUCCCGAAUCCUCAUCUUCACCCCGCCUCCGGCGACAUGUCGCGAGAUCUGCUUACCAAGAUCAGAUCAACGCCAUUACACCCACCAACAUCACGUACGACGGCACGACUAGAUCGGCCAACAACCCAGCGCUGCAUUUUCAUCAAUCCAACCAUCGCGAUGCGCGGCCGCCUGAAGAGCGUCACUGUCGCGGCGACCUCGUGUCCCCGCCGCUUCGCAAUCCGGACGAGAGGCCGAUGCGGGACGAGGCGGUCGGCGGCGACCGACGUGGUCAUUCACGGCAGAUAUCUACUGCGUCUGCUCCGGCCGCCAUGACCCGACAAUCGCAGCGCACAGAUGACCAGUUACGCUACGGCGAGAUGCAUGUGGGAAGUUCGUCGCGAGAGCGUGCAUCUGAGGACCAAGGCUCGCAGGCCUCCUUCCCGUACAUGGCAACGAUAACGUCCAACUCGGCCUGGCCUCUACUCGCAGCCAACAGCACCCUGCCCCUAGCCCCGAUUAGCGCCACACUACAGCCCCGAAUGCCCUUCGCAGCGGGCAGCGGGCCGAUGCCCAUCGACCUGAGUGACCCUGACCUCGCCACAAACAGCAGCACACGCCGCCACAACGCCGCCAUCCUCGCCCGUGAAGACCUCUACAACGCUCGCCUAAUGCGAGCCUACCAGCGUCCCACCAUCGAAGUCCUUCUUCGAUCCCCGCGUCUCGACCACCACAACACCCGCGCGUACGAUUCCGACUCCCACGAUGACGAUGACGACGGCGAUCCCGCGCGCAUCCCGAGCCUAGAUGGUGUCGACGAGAGCAAUGUCGCGAGCAGCAGUAGCGGCAGCGGCGGGAGUCCUCGGUACCUUAACAAGCCGCGGACGCACCAUAUGAUGCAACGGUCGAAACGGACGCAUCAUCGGCCGCGACGCACGAGGGAUUGGUUUGAGUCACAGUAUGUGUGCAAUAGUAGUGUGAGUCCGAGUGAGGAGACGACCACUACUACGCCGAGUGCGAAGGAGGAGGAGGAGGGUGGUGCAACGGGCCGGGUGAGCGGUAUUGUUGAUGGAGAGGUGGAGAGCAUUGAUGGGGAUGAAGGUGAUGACGAGGAGGAGAGUGGCGAAGAGGAGGCGCACGCAGCGUCUCUGUGUAGGAUUGGAUAG